AUGCCUGACGGCAAGAAGCGUGAGAAGCGCAAGGCCAAGCGGGCGGCCAAGCGGAGGCUCAAAGAGGUGGCUGUUCCCGAGCCGGCAGAGCCGGCAGAGCUGCAGGGCGUGGUGCUGGGUGGAGAGCUGCUGCUCAGGGCGGCCGACGGCACCGUCUACGCGAGCGAGCGUGACGAUCGCGGCGCCCUCGUCGCCGUUGGCAGAUGGGAGGCCGGCGCGGUUGUGCCACUCCCCAAGGCUGUGUCGUCGUCAGAGGCAGCGGGCGGUGCGACUGGCGAGGCGCGGCAGCCGUCGGUACCGCACCCUGUGCCGCAGCCUCUCGCCUUCAGUGCCGCCGAGGACGACCACUGCGAGACGGCGCCUGAGGCCUACGCGCACAUUGUCAGCCUGCUCCGCCUGGUGGCGCGCAAGCGCGGCGUGCCGCCCGAGGAGCUUCGCAUCUGGGACCCUUACUACUGCAACGGUGCCGUGGCUCGUCACCUCGCCGCGCUGGGCUUCCCUCACGUGCACAAUGCGAACGAGGACUUUUACGCGCGGCUCGACAGCGGCGACCUUCCCGAGCACGACGUGCUGCUCACCAACCCGCCCUACACGCACCCGCACCCCGAGCGGCUGCUCGCCCACUGUGCUGCUUCAGGCACGCCGUGGCUCGCGCUGAUGCCGAACUGGGUGUACACCAAGGACUACUACUGGGCGGCGCUGGGCCGCUCCCACGGCACGGCCGACACGCAGCCCUUCUACAUCGCGCCGAGAAAGCGGUACAACUACUGGACGCCGCGAGGGCGGCGGUCGGACCUCACCUCGGGUGGCGCGAAGGCCAAGACACACGGGCACACCAACGCCGCGCUCGGCAUCCGGACGUCGCCCUUCGUCUCGUUUUGGUAUUGCGGCGGCUUCGGGCCGGCAUUGCGAAAGCGCGUCACGCCGCCAGAGGGUUGCGUGCUCUGUUGGUCGACGGAGGAGCUGCCGCCCGGCGUGCUCUCGGAGAGCGACCCACGCAGAAAAGUAUGGGGAGGUGGGGGUGCAGACACGCGCAACGUCAUCGGGGGACGUUCGCUAGGACGUUCGAAUGGUGGUGGGAAGCGUCAGAAGAGUGGUGGAGCGGACCAGCACUGA